AGUCAUGUGUUCACAUAUUUUUGGCCAUAUAGUGUAGCAUAAUCUAAUCAAAAAAGAUAUUUGAAUUUUUGCAGUCCUGCAUUUGGGGCAUUAACUAACUACACUUCUAGACCAAUAGCCAUUCUGUGUGACAGUGAAGUGAUGGUGACCUCCAAACUACCUAUGUACAUGUGAAGGGAAUUAUUUAUAGCGUACUGUAUUCUGUGGUAGGGUCACAGUGGCUUAGUGGUUAGCAUAUCUGCCUCACACCUCCAGGGUUGUGGGUUCGAUUCCCACAGCAGUAUGCUGCCCUGUGUGUGUGGAGUGUGCUGGUUCUCCCUGUGCUGCGGGGGUUCCUCCGGGUACUCCGGUUUCCUCCCCCAGUCCAAAGACAUGCAUUGUUGGAUGAUUGGCAUGUCAAAAUUGUCCAUAGUAUAUGAAUGUGUGUAAGUGUGCCCUGCGAUGGAUUGGCACCCUGUCCAGGGUGUACCCUGCCUUGUGCCCGACGCUCCCUGGGAUAGGCUCCAGGUUCAACCCUGUAGGAUAAACGGUACAGAAAAUGGACGGAUGGAUGGAACAAGCACAUAUGGGUGUGAUGUCAGGUGUCCACAAACUUUUAGCAGAGUAGUAUUCACUGAAGAUUAGUUACAGGACGCAACGAUAAGGCGAGCGGAACCAUUUAUCCGCCAGCUCAAGUUUCCGCCGGGGCGCGUUUGUGCUGCACAGCGGAGUAUGACAGUUUGUAAACACAUUCAGGUGAGUCAUUAGAAUAUAUUACCGCAUAAAUAUGGACACGGAAUAUUCGCCUUUUUGACUUCCUAUAGGAUGUAAUUUCAGCAUGUUUGACUGGAUGGAAAUGUGUUCGGGUGCUCUGUGUAAUACAUGAUCAUGGGAAGGAAAUGUCAUUGUUCAAGGAUGGAUGCUGAAUGUGCUGUUCCGGCAUUGGCCAGAGGUGAUGUAAUACCCUCUAAAUAAUGCAUGGCCUUAAGAAAGUGAAAGACCAUGAGGCAGAAAGCACAGGCAGAGGAAAUCGAUGUCAGUGUGAGAGAGCGGGAAACCUGCAAGAGUCUGGGCAGAGGACAGCAUCACAUAGAAAGAAAUAGCAACAGACAGUGGAGAACCCCACCUCAGAACAACGAGAUGAUCUGACCACCUCCAAAACCAGGAUGUUGAAGCCUUGGGUGGACCAUUGCUCCGUACACCACAUUUCAGUCCCUUUCAUUGAGAUAUUGCUGCCUCCUGACAUGAACGCAUGCAACACCUAGGCUAAACAACGCCAUGAUGGGAUCAAACCACCAUUCUUAGCCACCACUUUUCUUAAAUCAACAGAGACAGCAACAUCAAGCCGUGCCUUAUUAAUGGUGUCUGGAAGGGAUUCCAGCCUUUGAGGAAAGCCAGUUUAGCCAGGCUUCUUUUUGGGCCUAGACGGCAGAUGGUGCAUCUUUGUGGCCUUGAGGCAUGUGGAUCCUCUCCUUCUGAAGUUCACAAUUACAAAGAAUCCAUCUGCCUUCUCUGUUCCUCUACCUCUUCUUUGGGGCUUAGACUUCGGAGGUGAUGGAGGGAUCAGAGGUUGAGGACAUCAGUCCAGCCCUUGAGGCGACAGAGGAUUACCUGCACUGCUUGAACAGUGCUCAAGAAACUGGACAAGUUUACCCUCCCAAACUAAAAGAGGUGUUGACUCUGGACAAGUUGAACUCCAGUGGGGUAUGGGGGUUGCUCACUGGGGAACAGCCGGAGAUAUCGUCUCACAACCUAGCCUGGGCUGAACAAACGUCCUUCAGUGUGCUAGGCCUAAAGAACGGGAAGAGGAACCGAGCACGUUCUACCAAUGAUUUGGCAGCCCAUGCCAAAGAGACCAACUCAACCAGUUCAUCCAGUGGGGGCUUCAAACGAGGGCACAACAGAUCUCGGUCAGAUGUCAACUACCGGUCGUACACUGAUAGCGGCGUGCCAGCUAUUGACAAGAACACGCUUAAGAACAUGGCAUUAAAUAAUCAAAUGGAAGGCAAUAAGGAGAGCACCACUAGUCUGGUAAAACAGGGGAUUUUGGAGCACAGGGAGGGACCUUGGGGCCGCUGGAAUACCUGCCAUGUGGAGCUCACGCCCUGCGAGCUGCGGGUCUACAGCCUGGACAGCAGUGGGAACAGGCAGCUGUGUACAGCCCUGUCACUGUCUCAUUGCCAGAGUGUGGGUGCGCCUCAGCCUCAGGACGGGCGCGUGCUACAGGCUCUUUUCUUCAACAGCACUCGGUUGCAGCUCCGUACUCCCUGCCAGUGGGAGGCUCUGGAGUGGCGCCGGCUCCUUUGGGAACGUGUCCUGGUUGCCCGUCCAACUAAUCGUAAGGGCGAACUGUCGUCUUCUGCUUCUCCAAAUCCCCAUGAACUGGAUCCCAAUGCAGUCUCUUUGCCAACCUCCUGUCCACUAGUCCGUCCCAAGGCCCUGCCACUAUUCACCCAGCACUGCGCUGAUGUGCUCAAAGUAGGCCUCCUGUACCAACUCAGCGACCUCAACAACUGGAGCGCCUUCACCUUCGUGCUCAGCCGCACCCAACUGCAGGCCUUCCAAACCGAGGGCCGAGGGCCAGUGUGCGAGCCCGUGCUGCGGUAUUCUCUUGCCUCCUGCUUGGCUGUGCAGCGGGAUGAGGCUGAUGGAGGAGUCUGUGCCCACUUCCAGGCCAUCUUCCCGGAUGAGGUGCUGCGUCUGCGGGCUGAGAAUGAGCCCCAGGCCCAGGACUGGGUGGAGGCCCUGCGCACAGCCGUGGCUGCCCAGAGACCUCAAGGGGAGAGCAGCCGUAUAGCGCCAUCUGGAGUGCUAAUGAGGAGCAGACCAGCCCGAGAACGUCGCCAAAGGGAGGCCCAGAGAACCAAGCGCCAGUCUGUUACAACAAGCUUCCUGAGCAUUCUGACUUGUUUGGCUGUAGAGAAAGGCCUGACUGCUCAAAGCUUCAGAUGUGCAGGAUGUCAAAGACCAGUGGGUUUGUCACGAGGCAAGGCCAAGGUUUGCUGCUACAGUGGAUGGUACUAUUGUCAGAGCUGCCACCAGGACAACCUCUUCCUUAUUCCUGCUCGACUGCUGCAUAACUGGGACACAAGCAAACAUAAGGUGUCCAAGCAAGCUAAGGAGUUCCUGGAGUUUAUAUACGAGGAGCCCUUGCUGGACGUGCAGCAGUUGAACCCAGGCCUCUACGAACACUCGGAACCUCUAGCUGCUGUGCUCAAGCUGCGGCAGCAACUCAAGUCUCUCAGGGCUUACUUAUUCAGCUGCCGAGCCACAAUAGCGGAGGACCUGCGCCGCAGGAUUUUUCCAAGGGAAUACCUGCUACAGAACAUUCACCUGUACUCUCUGGCCGAUCUCCAGCAGGUAAUAGAUGGGAAGCUGGCUCCUUUCCUCUCCAAAGUGAUUAAGUUUGCCAGUUCCCAUGUGUACAGUUGCAGUCUGUGUCGUGAGAAGGGCUUCAUCUGUGAGCUCUGCCACAAUGGUCAGAUCCUCUACCCUUUCCAGGAGAAUGCCAAGAGGUGCGAGGGAUGUGGAGCGGUGUUCCACACCGAGUGUCGGAUGCGUGCGCAGCCUUGUCCGCGCUGCGUUCGUCGUGAGCUGCACAAGAAACCCUCUUCAUUCUGGAAGAAGCACAACCACAGUGAGAGCCCCGACGACGACUGCUGCUUCGAGCUCGACACCUGAGCCAAAGCGUUGAGAGCGAGGGAGCCUCGCUCCCAUUUAGGCCGCUCCUGCAGGCCUGUUUUCUGACCAACAGCUAACUGCUGCAUGAGUCUCUGCAUGUGCGUAUCCACGAGUGUCCACACUCUGUGGGCCAUGUAGAAGAGCUCUGUGUUUGUUGAUAAGGAACAAAAGGGUCUUAUUGUUUUUCUCUCUCUCUCUCUCUUUCCUUCACUCUCUCUCUCUUUUUCCUUCUCCUCUCACCUGAGGGAUAGGGUACAUGCAGACAAUACUUCAGUCCCUGAAGAGGAGAGGUUUCAUAAUGAUACCAAUUUGCCCUCUCCUUUCAUCUACCAAAUGACAGCCGGGCCAACCGGCAAACGCGGAACUGAGUGGAGUACGCUCUCAUACUAGCGUGUAAACACACUCUAGCAGUCUGACGCAAAAUAAUGCAGUCUCUGGAAAUCCAAGGCCAAAUCAUUUCCUCUGCACAACAGAGCAUCUAAUCCAUUAAUGGUCACGCUCGAAUCAGAUGUAGAAAAUCUCACACACACACACACAUGAGAAAAGUCUUAGAAGUUAUUAUUCAACAUAUAGACUCAACAUGAAGAUCCACAUUGCACUUGACUGUCUCCCUCGCUGCAUUCCUGCACACCCUCUGUGAUUAAUCUAUUUAAUAAAGGAAAAGAAAUUAACAUGGGUUUUUUUAGUCGACUACAGUGCAGAAAGCUUAGUGCUGUAAUUACCACUGGACAGAGGACUAAGCCUUGGGGAAGCACCUGGGUUUUUUUUUUUUUUAAAGAGGAAUUUUAGGAACAUAAUCUCAUGCACAAUGGUUUGGACUCCUGUGAAGUGACUCUAGUCAAAGGCAAUGUACAGAGAGGUUGGCAUCUCGUCCUGUACAGCUGGAACUGAAGUUUAUCGCUGCUCAGUGCCACUGCCUAUAUGCAGCUGAGCCACGGUCCCUUUGCCAACUGCUGGCUUUUUGAUUACAAACUACCCUCGGCCACAAGGUCCCAAAUUAUAGUCCAGAGCGCUGGGGCUUUGUUUAGCAUUGGUAGACCUAGUUCAGCAAGGAUCGCAGAGAAAACCCGCCCGCUGACGGGCUCGUUACUCACGUCGUCCACCCAUACCGCAGGAUUGGAUCCAUAUGAGUCGCUCGUCUCACUGGGUGUGCGUUCACACUCCAUUUUCCGGCUACUUGAACUAAGCACUGGCAAUAAGAUCACUUAUUUUGCUUUUUUGCUGCCUUAUUUGACCUCUUGGUUUUCAUCGUCGUUUUCCAAAGGGACAAUGCUUUGACAAUGCAUAACGACACAUGCUUUUGCCUGAAUUAAAAUGUUUUCCCGCUUAUGCAAAUUAGAUAGGCUAAGUGACCUUUUUCUUGUGCUAAAAAAAAUAAUAAAUCCCCAAACUUCUUAUUCUCACCAUUUACCACUUUUUUUUCCCUUUUGCAAACAUGGAGGCGAGGUCAGGAUCAGACAUCGUACCAGCAACAUAGGAGCUCGCAGUAUAAUUCUUUUUUUUUUUUUUUUUUUUUCCCCAUUCUGUAAACGUCAUAGGAUAAAAUUAUUUAUUGUUCUGACUUGUGUGCAGUGAUGAGGGAUAGAUGAAGUCUAGAGGGAUUCAGGAGUUAGUUUUCCCCGCUGUUAUGGAAAAGCGGCUAGGUCAACCUGGAUGUACACGUUUGUUUGUUUUUUUAUAAUUUUUUAAAAUUGUAUUAAAUUAUGUUUAUUUGUUUACUGCUUUGUAAAAAUGUUUACAUCAUAUGUUUCAUAGAGAGCAGCUUCUUUUUUUUCCUUUGACAUUUGCACCAAGAGUACAUUUGUGUUUAAUUUUGAUAGAGUUGAAGGAACGUGUGUGUGUGUGUGUGUGUGUGUGUGUGUGUGUGUGUGUGUGUGUGUGUGGUUACUAAAUGUACACGGAAAGACUGAAGAAUUAUCGUGCCACGUGUUAAUAAUUGCUCUAAAUUUGACUGUAUUAAUUGAACCUCUUUCUUGUACACACUUUGCCUGCCUUAAACUAAAAGCCAGUACAUCUG